UGCCCUUCAUGUGUCUUCUCCUGUGUCUCCUUCUCCUCCACCAGCCCGAGCUCCUUUCCUUUUCAACUCCCCGUGUGAUGGCGUUCCUGCAGCAGAUGCGGUCCCCUCGCCUCUCUUUCAUCCAGACGGUCGGGUCCCUCUUCCUGGGCGGCUUGGCCCUCAUGUCCCCCCACUGGUGUGUGGGCAAACAAAAGGUGCCCAAGCCUCUGUGUUCGCCCACCAAGCACAGCAACUGCAUCCCCGUUCCCGGCAUCUCCAACUCCUCCAGCAUCAUGUUCUCCUGGGAGACGGGCGACGACCGCUUUGUCUUCCCGACGUUUCACACUGGCCUCUUUGUCACCUGUGAGGAAAACAUCUACACGGACACGUGGGAGGAGAAGUGUCGAGGGUUUUACACUUUGACUCCUGGAUCUGAAAAAGCGAUGAUGUGGCUGUCGCUGUCCUUGGAGCUCAUGUAUGUUGGUCUGCUGCUAAUCAGCUGCACGCUGCUGUCUGUGCAGUUGUGCAUCAGGGCCUGGUUUCCCUCCACACAGCGCUGGGGUCAGCUCCUCAACGCCUUCGCGGCCGUCUUCACGGUCCUGGGAGGUCUGCUCGGCAUGGUGGGUCACAUGAUGUUCAUGCAGGUGUUUCAAACUACUGUCUCCAUGGGACCGGAAGAUUUCAAACCUCACAGCUACGGCUACUCCUGGGCAUUUUAUGUGGCGUGGUUGGCCUUCACCGUCUGCAUGUCCGCCGGCGUCUCCACUCUGAACAACUACACCAAGAAGGUGUUGAUGGUGGGACCGAGGCGUAACUCCGGCCUCAACACCUGCAGCUUUAACAUCGUGGGGCUCCUGCCGCCAGCUCCAUACUACACCCCCCCAAACACAGCCAUCACCCUGGUGCGUCCCCCGUCUCCCCCACAGAUCUCCCACCUGUCUCCCUACUAUGAGCCCCCACCGGCAAAGCUCCUGCGUCCCCGCACCACCGCCUGUCCCUUCCCUCUCCGUCCGCUUCACCCACGCCAUCCGUCUCUGUCCACGUGAGGCCUCUGGGACACCAGGAGAACCAAUAUGACUCAGAGGAGGACUACAGCCCACUUUGAACGAGCCAUCCAUGCCGAGGUUCUGCCAGCUCUGCACGGCAGGUCAAUGUUUGUGACGGUCUUGUCACGAGUUUUCAUUUUCACUCUGUUCCAGUGAAGAAAUGCAAUAUAGAUGCAGAGAUACGUGCUCCAUAGAGAGAUCACACAACCUAUAAGCUCAAACAUGACGUCAGUGCAGUGACAAUGUAGUAAUAGUACACUAAUCAUUUUGUAAUGUUAUGGUAAUACCAUUUUUAGCUCUAAUGCAGUUUCCAGCUCGGUAAUAAAAAU